AUGCAGCGCUGCGACAAUUGGUGUGCUCUGCGCCGAGCGCCUGCGCGCAAGGUGCCGCUUUCCUUCUCCUCCGGUCUCCUCGUCACUCUCGUUGUUUUUCUUUUAAAUAGCUCGUCAGCGUCCUCAAGCUCGGGUCGACGUCUCUCGCCCCCGUCACACCCCAAUAGGGAGCAAGACUCAAACUUCCUCGCGGGUCUCGCGGCCAGCCCCGCGAACGCAUCGCCGCCUUUCCAGCGCCUGUUGUCAUUUGUUGAUCCUUUUCACUUCCCCUCCUCUUCUCCCUCGUCUUCUCGGGUUUGGGCGCCGUUGUCUGCGGCACCGCCUUCCUCCUCUACUGCGUCAGCAGCUCAGUCUUCCUCUGCCUCCUCGGCCCGGUCCGCGCUCUCUGUCUCCGCUCGUUCUGCUUCUUCUGCUUCUUCGCCUUCUCGCGUCGAUCCGCCCCCUUCUCAGCCAGGAUCUUUGACGGUUUCUCCUGCGCGCCCUUCUGCUCCUGACGCCUCGUCGAGCGAGGAUGAAGCUCCCGCGGCAGCCUUCUUCUCCUCUGCAGGCGCCUCCCCCGGAGCCACCUUCCUCAGCGCGUCCUCGGCGGCCGCCGCCGCCCGCAGACUCUCUCAAGGCGCGGACGUGGCCCAAUCGCCAGCGGACAGAAGCGGGCGCGGGUUUCACUUGAGUGAAGAGGAGCUGUUGCAGGGAAUGAAGAAGGACAUCUUCUUCAUUCUUCACCACGGUUCGAUGCCUUACGGGUACCCUACGUACCGCGAGGCCUCCUUGAUGAUGAACGAGCUCCUCAAAGAGUUCGGGCCGUCACUGGUAACUGCGCAUCGAAUCGGCCACUCGCUGGAAGGGCGACCCAUCACCGCGUACCGCGUGGGCGGUCUCUCGAGGCCUUGCUGGCGUGUCCCAUCGAAGGGCGCUGAGACUCCCUCUUCGUCUCCUGAAACGGCGACAGCAGAAAAAAAAAAGACGGAAGAGAGAGAAGAGUUCCCCGAGAUCCUCCUUACGGGUCUCCAUCACGCACGGGAGCCGAUGAGCAUGACCAUGUGCAUGUACUUCGUAGCCCGGCUGCUGCGAGACUACCAGGCGGGCGAGCCGGAGGCGGCGUACCUGAUGGAGAUGCGUGAGUUCUGGGUGAUUCCUGCGCUGAAUCCUGACGCGUACGUCGCCAUCGAAAGGACCGGAAACGUCAAUCUGCGAAAAAACCGAAGGCGCUUCAGCCCCCACGCGCGGCCGCGAGGCGCCAAGCCCGAAGACGAAGGCGUCGACCUCAACCGCAACUACGCAUUCAACUUCAACCCCAACGAACCCGAAGGCAGCGACGAGUACGGCGGGCUGUUCCCCUUCAGCGAACCGGAGACGGCCGCCGUGAAGUUCCUCGUGGAGCAGUACCUGCGCGCCUCUCCGUCGUCUCCUCCCCGCUCGCCUUCUUCCCCUGGCGGCAUCCUCGCUUCUGCAGCGGUGGCUGGCGCGGAGGGCGCGGACUUCUCGCCUCCGACCCCGUCUCCGUUUUUCGACCGCCUGGGGCGUUUUGAGGUCGCACUCAACUUUCACACCUACGGGGAAGUCUGGACGCGGCCCUUCAACUGCUGCAAAGACCUGCCGCUGCCGCCCCGGGCGCGAAAGGCCUUCGAAGAGAUCCAGGCGGCGCUGGCAAUCCCGAUCCUGGACAGCGCGCCCAACAUCGCAGUCCUCGGCUACCCUACGAACGGCGAGGCGGACGACUGGCUGCUGCAUGCGCACGGCGUCCUCUCGACGUCGCCUGAGAUCGGCUGGGAAGAGGGCGGCUUCUGGCAGACGCAGGGCGACUGGACGGCGAUCUUCGAGGCGAACUUUGCGCGCGUGGCGACGACUGGCUUCAAAGCCGGCAGCGAGCUCGGCGUGAUAAUCGUGCGGCACGAAGCAGAUGCCGACGCGAACCCCGCGGAGCCGCGGAAGCGUGAGGCGGGCGAGGGGAGAGAAGACGAAGGGCGAAGUGACCUGGGUAGCCUAAUUCCCAAAGAGAGCCUCGCCUUCGUCGAGGACGCCCUUAGAAAGGCGGGAUGGAACCCAGCGAGCGCGCACGAGGUGCCUGUCCCCCACGCUGUUCAGGGAGAGUUUGCCAUAUAUUCCGUCGAAAUAUCAAACACCGGCCUCCUGCCCAUGCAGGGCUCGUCGGCUUUCCUCUUUCUGACGGGUCUGCCCUUCUUCGCGUCGUCUUCCGCCGCGUCGCUUUCGCCGUUUCCUGCGGAGUUGUUUUCCAGUGUGCGUGCGGCGGCUGAGGCCUCUUUGCCCGUCAUCCGCUCUCCGCUGGAGCCCCGGUUCACCGGCAGCCGCUCUAAGUUCUCGCUGCCGCCUGCGCAGGAGCUCCGCAGUCUCCAAGAGUUCAAGUCGCGGCGCCGCCAGACUCCUCCACCUUCUCCCCCUCUCUCUCCUCUGUCUUCGUCAUCUUUGCUUUCUUUUUCUUCUCUCGGCGGCGAUCCCUCCGGGGCGGUUCAGGCUCGAGCUGCGGCGGAAGAAGAGUUCACUCUCGCAGCGGCUUUCGACGGCGCGUGGAGCGAGGCUCUCGUCGUCUCUGUCCUCUCGCCCGCAGCCUUCCUCCGCGAAGGGCGAGACGACGUCGGCGUACCAGGAGUGUUGGUGAAGCUUCCCGAGCCUCUGCGCGGCCGAGACUUAACGACCGGCGAGGCCGCCUUUCUCCGCCUGCAUCUGCUUUUUCGCAAGCGGAAACCGGCGGGGAGUCGAUCGGCUCGCUCGAGCGGCGCUUCGGCUUUUCACGCCUCAGAAAGACCGGCUUUUCACGAGAGAGAGGAGGCUGCCGCUGGCGCCUGUGUGCUCGAGGCAGCUCCGCGGCCACCUGAGGCCGCCGCUGCUUCCGCAGCCCGCGGAGCCUCGAGCAGCCGCCGGAGCUGGUUUUGUCGCUGUGGCGCAACAAAGAUCGCAAAAACUUCACAGGAAAACUCAGAGACUCCCGCGGCAGGAGCCGACGCACACCCCUGGACGCUGCUGCCGCUUUUCGUCGAGGACCGCAAGUCCAGCGUCCUCUGCUUCACCGCUCUGGGGAUGCUCUCUUCGCACCUGGAGGCCUCCGUCUCUUCUUCGCGCGUUUCCUCCUCUUCUGCAGCUUCGGUCUCUUCACUUGCGGGCAAGGAGAGGCAGGAGGAGCGGCGGCUGCGCGGCGAGAAGGGCUACCCCGAGCUGGAGACGCCGCUGUUCUACGCGAACCGAAAGUCGUUCGUUACCUUCGCUCUGUUGAUGCUUCUGUCGCUGGUGCUGGUCCUGAUCUUGGCGCUGCGCCUGUGGGCGAAGGCGCGGGGCCUGCGCGGGGCGGUUCACGAGUGCGCGGAGGACUUUCGGCUGGGCGAAGCCGCGGAUUGGCUGCGCUCUCAGAUUGGCUUUCUCUGCUGCUGUCUGCAGAUGAUCUUUGCGAGACGCCGCCCCCCCGGCGUCGAGCCGAUCUUAAUCGACACCCACGCCUACGGCAGCCCGUCUCGUCGGCGCCGCCGGCGGCACAGCCGCCAGCCGCGCGCCGAGCUCGAGGCAGGAAUAUUCUCAAACCGAAAAAAGCGCGAGGCGGGCGCGUUGCCCGCGGUCGCCGGCAGGAAGCCAGGCGCCAGGUAA